GAAUUUUCUUCCUUAGUUAUUCUUUUUUUUUUCUAAUUUUCUGCGAGCCUUAUUAGAAAGGGUUCUGAAUAAAUUAAAAAAUGGCGGAGCUUGCGGUUGUUUAUUCUUCUCUUAUAUUACACGAUGGGGGUGCUGAACUCUCCGCUGAAAAUAUGAAAAAACUAUGCGAUGCAGCAAAUGUUUCCGUUGAGGGUUAUUGGUUUUCGAAGUUUGCUGAAUUUUUGGCAACGGAAAACAUUGAAAAUUUAAUUAAUAGCAUCUCCUCUGGCCCUUCCUCUUUACCCUCGUCAGUUCCUUCACAAGCUGCACAAACAGUUACUAAAGAGACUGAAGAAGAAAGUAAAGUAGAAGAGGAAAAAGAAGAAGAUUUCGAUGUGGGCGGCCUUUUCGAUGACGAUGACGAUUACUAAAAUUAAAAAAACAUAGUUUUAAUAAAUUUUUUUUUUUUUUUGA